UGCCUUCUUUGAGGCAGCGACUCCGGCAGAUGAGCCUUCGAUGGCGGGGAGGAAAGGGUUAACGAGUUGUGAAUGCGUAUUGCAUCUGAGUGGAACACAGAGGGACGCAGCGAUGCAGCUGGCACUGGAGUAGCUGAUUCAAACGAUGCUGGAUUACACCGAAGAUAGACACAAAAUGCUGGAGCAACACAGCGGGACAGACAUCAACAGCAGCAGCAUCUCUGGAGAGAAGGAAUAGGUGACAUUUCUAGUGGAACCCUUCUUCGGACUGUUUGCCCGUGCGUAGAAACAAUCAGCAUUGCCGUUGCUGGUUUACAGCGAAGAUAAGACACAAAAUGCUGGAGUAACUCAGCGGGAGAGACAGGCAGCAUCUCUUGAGAAAAAGGAACUGCAGAUGCUGGUUUACACCGACGAUAAGACACUAAAUGCUGGAGUAACUCAACAUCUCUGGAGAAAAAGGAAUAGGUGACGUUUUCGGGUGGAGGACACCCCCUUCUUCAGACUUUGUCGGAAGGAAAGGAGAGAGGCAGCAAGCUUUGUUUGCCCUCCAGAUAGGCGCAGAGUACUGGAGGAACUCAGCCGGUCUGACAGCUCCUCUGGAAGGAAAAGGGCACAGGGACCCUUCGUCGGGCUGAGGGUCAGUUUGCCUGCCAGGAGGUGCGUGGCAAGCGGGGCCCCCCUCCUCCUGUGAUGCACCUCUCCGUCCACCCACCCCCUGCCCAUGGAUGGAGUUCUCGUCCCACCCCAGGAGGCAUGAGCUCUCCCUCUCCCCCCGCGGACGGAGGUCGCCGCCGCCGCUGCCCGCAAUGAGCGAGGGGAGGCCGAAGAAGAAGGCGACCUUUCACGCCGAUGCCAGGACGAAGCCGCGCAGGGAGGCAGCGAGCCACAGCGUUUCCUUUGCCAUCCCCAGCCACAUCAGCAAGGAGAUCAAACACAUCUGCAGCAACUGUGGCCGCGGGGAGGGGGCGAGCGACGCUGAGGAGGUGGAGAGGCUGGCAGCGAUGCGUUCCGAGUCGCUGGUGCCGGGGACCCACACGCCACCCAUCCGCCGGCGGAGCAAGCUGGCCUCGCUGGGGCGGCUGUUCAAGCCCUGGAAGUAGAAGAAGAAGAAGAGCGAGAAGUUCAAGCAAACGUCGGCAGCUCUGGAAAGGAAGAUCUCCACGCGGCAGAGUCGUGAGGAGCUGAUCAAACGCGGAGUGCUGAAAGAGAUUUUUGAAAAAGAUGGAUGUGCUCAGGAGGAGGUGGUAGAGAACGGGCAGGUGCGGACAUCCCGGCUGGAGGAAGGGGAGGCUGAGGCAGCGCUGGCCACGGCCAUCGAUGAUGACACCAAUCCUUGCUCAGACUCCCUCGACAAACCAGCUGCAGAUGACAGUCCCGGCGACAGUGGAACGGGGGGGUUGAGUGAGCCGGAGACGACAGCCAAACCAGCCCUGGCUCUCCCACCAAAGAAGACGGUCGCUUUCCACUGCGACGGUGCUGAAACGCCCCCCAAGCAACAGCCCCACCCCAAACAGCCCCCUGCCCUGCCCCCCAAACCGCUCACCAGGAUCGCCCACCACCUAGCCGCUUUCCCCACCGCCUACACCAUUCCUCGGCUAAGACGACAGGCCGAUCGGCAAACCACCUAUUCACACGACUCCGCCCUUUGCACUUCCAAGAGACCAGUGGGGCACCUACGAGCCAUCAGGGACGCUGGCCAGCCGGUGAAGCUGCCGUGCAUGGUGCCGGUCAGACUCUCGCCUCCUCUUCCGCCAAAGAAAGUGAUGAUCUGCAUACCGCCGCAGGCUGGCGACGUCCCGUCCAGCUCCUACCCCUCGGUGCAGAAGAUCUCGCAGCAAUCCUCCCAGCUGCAGUACGGGGUGUCGCACACGUCCUCGCUGCCCCCCGGCCUGGCCAUCCACCCGACCAUGCCCACCAGCAAGGUGAUCGAGGAGCUCAACAAGACCCUGGCUCUGACCAUGCAGCGGCUCGAGAGCUCAGGACUGCACACGGGCGAGAUUGGAAUGAGAACGGUGAGGAUCAACACGGUGGAUACUCGGCAAGUGCCGACGGUGGAGAUCGAGGAUGACGAGGACGACGACAAGGAGAAUGUGCCGAAUGAAUCGGACUACGAGGACACGUUCAGCAUGCAGGGAGAGGACGAGGAAGUGGACGAGGGCGACGAGGAUGAUGAUGAAGAUGAAGACAGCUUCUUCACAAGCUCGUUGGCACUAAAGGUUUGCCGGAAAGACUCUCUGGCAAUUAAACUCAGCAACAGGCCCUCCAAGCGUGAUCUGGAGGACAAGAAUAUCAUUCCCAUGCAGACCGACGAGGAGCGGCUGGAAAUGCGGCAGCAGAUCGGAACAAAGCUGACCAGAAGAUUGAGUCAGAGGCCAACAGCUGAGGAGCUGGAGCAACGCAACAUCCUGAAACCAAGGAAUGAGCAGGAAGAGGAGGAGGAAAAGCGUGAAAUAAAACGACGACUGACGCGGAAGCUAAGCCAAAGGCCGACGGUGGAGGAGCUGAGAGAACGGAAGAUUCUCAUCCGCUUCAGCGACUACGUGGAAGUGGCCGAAGCCCAGGAUUACGACAGGCGGGCUGACAAACCCUGGACGCGGCUGACCGCUGCCGACAAGGCUGCUAUUCGUAAAGAACUGAAUGAAUUCAAGAGUACUGAGAUGGAAGUACAUGAAUUAAGUCGGCAUCUAACGAGGUUCCACAGACCCUAGCCAUUAACACUGCACAGCCGCAGUGUGUCUUACAAGAGCAGAAAGCCGGAAGUGCUUGGACUGUGCAGGUGCCCUUUCAUCCCGAACGGGACAAGAACUCUUCGUGAUUGCCUUUGUGUGUCGGGGCUGUGGCCCCCUCUCCAGUCGGGGGCACCUUCUCCAAAUCGUCGACCCAACGUCAGGAGUUCGCCCUGUCUCCCCCCCAGCGACUCGGUCAGACGCGCCUGCGUCCUUCAGCCGGCGCCAUCGCUCGGACAUCUCGUGUCGUCGUUCACUUGUUCGUCUUGUUCUCCGUCGGCAACGGGACGAGGAAUUCCAUCCUUCGUGCCGUGAAUCAGUAAUAGCAGGAGAAUUAGGCCAUUCGGCCCAUCCAGUCUAUUCUGUCAUCCAAUGGUGGCUGAUCAAUCUCUCCCUCGCAACCCCAUUCUCCUGCCUUCUCCCCGUGACCCCUCUGACAUCCGCACUGA